AUGAUCAACGUGGGUACCCUGCUCGGAACGAACGUCGGUGCGAAAUUAGCACCAGGAGGACUGUGGACAGGUACAUCAUCCUCCCAAAAUGCAAGCAGUAACCAUGCAGACGCAAAAAAGUUACCCCUAGGUGGGCAGAGUGAUAGGAGCGUUUCUCCUGAAUAUUCUUCUAACAUAGAAGCAGAUGGUGAAGAACCCCCCCAGCAGGUUGAGCACCCGCUUAACCGUGUCACAGACGUUGCGGCUGCCCCCGCAAACAAGCGAACCGAAGUCGAAGUUAGAUCAGCCUUGCUCAAAAACCACGAUGGAGUAAAAAUCACAGGGACGUGCAAUGCCAAGUUCCAACUCUUCCUCGUUCCACAUGUAUCAAUAAGUGUCGAGGCGGAGAGUAACACAAUACAGCUAGGUCGAAAGUUAGAAAACGUAACGAUCACGAAGAAGCAGCACAAAGUCAUUAGCAGUGAGUCAUCCCCGUUGUUACAAUUUGAGGAGAAUGUUCAUUCCCUCGUUAAUCAAUGCACAGGGAGGAGGACAUUUAAAUUUGUAGUGAUUAUUAAGGGGAAGGAGCUCAUCCUCAAGUGGAAGGUCUACGAAAAGAUGCCCUCAACAACAGAAAACAACAAAGUUAACGUGAGGACAUUCCUCUUGAAGAAUACAGAUCAACCAAUCACCGCCAUACAGGUCCACACGGCAAAGGGAAACGAAGACUCCUUUCUUUUAGAAAGCAAGUCAUACUUUUUAAAGGAUGACAUGCCAGCCAAAUGUGACCUAAUAGCUAGGAACUGUUUCCUCAGCGGCAAUUUAGACAUAGAGGGAUGUUACAAGUGCACCCUAUUAUCUGAAAACACAGAAUUAAGCAGCCCCUGUUUUAAUUACCUCCCUCCCGAUUUUAAGCAAAACUAUGAACAAAUAAAAAGGAAGACGCAUGAUGAAAUUGACCCGGAGGCAGUCCAACUGGAGGAGUUCAUCGGUAGGAUCCUCCAAGUGGUCCUAAAAAUAGGGGAAAAUGACACCCCCACGGAAGGGGAAACCAAAGUCGAGUACCCAAAUGAUGAUUUAAAGGAACUGCUUCUAAGUUACUGUCAAGUAAUUAAGAAGGUAGACAAAAGUGGUACUCUGGAAGUACACCAAAUGGGUAACCAAAUGGAUGUGUUAACCAACUUGAAAGGCCUAUUAAAAAAUCAUUCGAAGGAGGAGAUACCUGCAUUGCGGGAAAAGUUAAAAAACCCUGCCAUCUGUAUGAAAGAUGCAAGUAAGUGGGUAGUGCAAAAACGCGGACUGGCGUUGCCUCCCUUUGAAUACAAGCAUUUACAAAGGAGGGUUACUACUCCUGUGGAUUCGCAAGAGGAGCAUAAAGCAACAAACAAAAAGAACGUUAUCGAAGACAUGCACAUCCCUGGUUACCGCGCUGCUAUUGACCUUUCGCAAAAAGGCAAGGUGAGCCAUUCAGACCUCUCAGGGGGGAUGUUCUGCAAUGAAGAUUACUGCGAUAGAUGGAAGGAUAAAAAUAGUUGCUUCUCACACAUAGAGACAGAAGAACAAGGCAAUUGCAACCUUUCUUGGUUGUUUGCAUCGAAGCUGCACCUAGAAACGAUUAGAUGUAUGAAAGGGUAUGACCAUUUGAGUUCUUCCGCUUUGUACGUAGCUAACUGUUCCGAGAGGGGAAAUAAAAGUAAAUGCACUUCUGCAUCGAAUCCGUAUGAAUUUCUCACCAUCGUUGAGGAAAAUGGGUUCUUACCACCCGCGUUGUCGGUGCCCUAUUCGUAUGGGAAGGUUGGAAAUAGUUGCCCCAAGCAGGAGGAUCACUGGCAAAACCUUUGGGCCAAUGUGAAACUGUUGGAACCCUCAAAUGAUCCCAACGCAGUAAGCACCAAAGGUUAUACAUCCUACGAAAGCGACGACUUCAGGGGGAACAUCGAAACGUUUGUCAAUCUGAUAAAGCGCGAGGUGAGGAGCAAAGGAUCCGUUAUGGCUUACAUCAAAGCUUUAGGUGUCUUGGGUUACGAUUUCAAUGGGAAGGAGGUGCAGAGCCUAUGCGGUGAUAAAAGACCGGACCACGCAGUGAACAUAAUCGGCUACGGCAACUACAUCACCGCAGGGGGGCACAAGAAAUCUUACUGGUUAAUCAGGAAUAGUUGGGGCAAGUAUUGGGGUGAUGGAGGAAACUUCAGGGUUGAUGUGUACGGUCCACCUGAAUGUCAACACAACUUUAUUCAUACCGCUGCUGUGUUUAACGUGGAUGUGCUCGUGGCGGAGAACCCUUCCCAGAGGGAGGCCCCCUUAUACAACUACUACCUGAAGAGCUCCCCUGACUUUUGGGGAAACAUUUACUAUAAAAACAUCGGUCGUAAGGACGGUGCCGAAUUGAAGGACCGAACAGGCGGGAACCAAAAUUUGACUGUGCAAGGGCAGGAGGAACAGACUAAGCUCCUGGAGGACAGCGACCUCACAACAACUGCUAACCCAGUUAAAGUACCGAAAGGAGCGCAAGAAGAUGCACCAAAAAGGGGGGACGCAGGGAAACGCAUCUCUGAGGGGCCCACAAUAGGGGAAAUUAGUGAAGAGUUAAUAUCCGAAUCGCCAGUAACGCCCAUUCAGCAGGCAACACUGAGAGAAGGUCAAGUGGAGGCAAAUCCUGCGUCUCCUUUAACCGUUACAGCGUCUCUCCCCACAGAGAGGGACGUACUGCUUGUGCGGGAUGGCACUGACGAGGAAAAAACAGAAGCUGCAACGAUGGAAGUUAUGCACAUUUUAAAACACAUUAAACAUGGAAAGGUAAAAUUGGGAAUAGUUACAUACGGCAGUUAUAGUAACAUUGCUGGGGACCAUAGCUGUUCCAGAUCUUUUGCGCAAGAUCCUGAGAAGCGGGACGAGUGCAUACAGUUCUGUCAUGACGAAUGGAAUAAUUGCAAAGGAGAGGCAUCUCCUGGGUAUUGUGCUGCAUUACUCGAUGAUGUAAUUAAGUGUGACGAGGAUGUGAACAUUCCUGACCCGCCAGAAUCGCAAAAUGAGAACCCCGGAAGAAAAGAUAACCCACCGAGUAACUCGAACCCCUCUCCUCAUGAAGACUCUGGCACAGUGGAGCCAACAGUGGACGGAAAUGAGUCUGGAGGUGAGCACAAGACGGUGGGGGAAGCGAUAGACAAGCCAGCAGAUCAGCCGGCAGAUCAACCAGCAGAACAAUCUGCAAAGCAAUCAACAGACAAACCUACAGACGGACCACUUACCCAGCCGACCGUGGAGGUAUCCAGCAAAGCUGCAGCGGCUGCGGUGAGAAACCCGAACGAAAUAGAAGCCAAGUGCGAGCAACUUAAAGACCAAGAUGGCGUGAAAAUAACAGGACCCUGCGGGGCAAAGUUUCAGGUGUUUCUCGUCCCGCACGUAACCAUAAAUGUCGAAACAGAGACGAACACAAUUUAUAUAGGAAAAAAACUUAACGAUGUUAUUAUCACGAAGAAGCAACACAAAGUCAUUAGCAGUGAGUCAUCCCCGUUGUUACAAUUUGAGGAGAAUGUUCAUUCCCUCGUUAACCAAUGCACAGGGAGGAGGACAUUUAAAUUUGUAGUGAUUAUUAAGGGGAAGGAACUCAUCCUCAAGUGGAAGGUCUACGAAAAGAUGCCUUCAACAACCGAAAACAACAAAGUUGAUGUGAGAACAUUCCUCUUGAAGAAUACAGAUAAACCAAUUACCGCCAUACAGGUGCACACGGCAAAGGGAAACGAAGAUUCCUUUCUUUUAGAAAGCAAGUCAUACUUUUUAAAGGAUGACAUGCCACCCAAAUGUGACCUCAUAGCUAGGAACUGUUUUCUCAGUGGCAAUUUAGACAUAGAAGGAUGUUACAAAUGCACUUUAUUAUAUGAAAACACAGAAUUAAACAGCCCCUGUUUUAAUUACCUCUCUCCCGAUUUUAAGCAAAACUAUGAGCAAAUAAAAAGGAAGACGCAGCAGGAAAAGGACCCUAUCGAAGUCCAAUUGGCAACUUCCAUUAAUAAAGUCCUCCAAGGAAUGUACAAAAAAGGAGAAAUGGGUCUAAACGAGUUGCUUAGCUUUGAUAAAGCAGAUACAACCUUAAAAGAGGAAUUGCUAAAUUAUUGCGCCUCCAUGAAAAAGGUGGAUACCAGUGGAGUAUUGGAAAACUACGAAUUGGGCAGUGAAGAAGACGUAUUUUCCAACCUAACAAACAUUUUAAAGAACCAUGCAGGGGAAACCAAGUCUACGUUACAAGACAAGCUCAAAAAUCCUGCUAUAUGCCUGAAAAAUGCAAACCAGUGGGUAGGUAGAAAAAAAGGGUUAGUUCUUCCUAGUUUGUCCCAUACCCAUGGGGAAGGGACCCUUUCCGCGAUUGCCACAGAAAAGGAAGGGAAAAAGGAAGACAAACUAAAAGGAAGCAAGAAAGUACAAACUAACGGUUACGAUGGUGUUAUCAAUUUUUUGUCACACGAAAAGACGAACAUGCAGUCCACCAGUUUUAUUGACAGCAUGUAUUGCAACGAUGAGUACUGUAACAGAUGGAAGGACGACACCAGUAGUUGUCUUGCAAAAAUUGAACCACAAGACCAAGGAGACUGUGCCACGUCAUGGCUUUUUGCAUCGAAGUUACAUUUAGAAACGAUUAAAUGCAUGAAGGGAUACGAACAUGUGCCUAGUUCUGCGUUGUAUGUGGCUAACUGUUCUAAUAAGGAAACGCCCACGGAUAAAUGUCAUGCGGCAUCCAACCCGUUGGAAUUUUUGCACACUUUGGAAGAGACAAAAUUUUUGCCAACGGAAUCGAAUCUCCCAUAUUCGUAUAAAGCGGUAAAUAAUGUUUGUCCUGAGCCAAAAAAUCAUUGGCAAAACUUAUGGGCAAAUGUGAAGUUACUAGACCCGCAAUAUCAACCCAAUGCAGUAAGCACGAAAGGGUACACCGCAUAUCAAAGUGCAAAUUUUAACGGAAACAUGGAUGCGUUUAUUAAAUUGGUAAAGUCUGAAAUAAUGAAUAAAGGAUCGGUCAUCGCUUAUGUUAAGGCCGCAGGAGCAUUAAGUUACGAUCUCAACGGAAAGAAGGUGCAAAGUUUGUGUGGAAGUGAAGAAACGCCAGAUCUUGCUGUCAACAUAAUUGGGUAUGGUAAUUACAUAAACGGGGAAGGAAUAAAAAAAUCCUAUUGGUUGUUGCAGAACAGUUGGGGAAAAUAUUGGGGAGAUGGUGGCCAUUUUAAAGUAGACAUGCAUGGUCCACCUGAAUGUCAACACAAUUUCAUCCACACCGCUGCAGUCUUCAAUGUGGAUCUUCCCCUUUUAGAGAACGUCGAGAAAAAGGGACCCAUGUUGUACAAUUACUAUAUGAAAAGCUCGCCCGAUUUUUACAACCAUAUUUUAUAUAGAGGGGUCCAAACAGAGGAGGACCGCGAAAUUGGCAUAAGUGGACAAGACAAGAUUAUCAGUUCUGUUGUUUCUGGACAGACAUCUGCGGAAGAUACGUUGGACAGUGAGGAGCAGUCCUCUGUAGUUGGAGAGGGAAAGGGAAACACCACUACAGAAGGGGCCGAGUCUACGGAGGAAGCUAAGUCGCCACCUGAGGCAGGAACGGACGAAUCAAUAGAAACAGAGGAACAGGACGAGCAGGAGGAAGAGGAGGGUGAUGAGUUUGAGGAGAAGGGGUACGGCGAGCAGGAAGAAGAGGGGGAUGAUGAAUUUGAGGAAGAGGGAUAUGAUAAGUUCGAGGAGGAAGGGGAUGAUGAACAGGAAGUUGAGGAGGACAAUGAACCAGAAGAGGAAGGUGCGGAAUAUGAAGAGGGAUACACCGAAACAGGGAAGGAAAGUGUGGAAACAGAGGAACCAAGCCGGGUAGCCAUGUCAGAUGAAUCUUCAGGAGAAAUGGAGGAACCGCACACCAUGGCGUCGCCUAGCGGGUCUGUAAACUCAACGCCCUCCUCUGCAGCACCUGCGUCAACCCGUAACAUCUCGCUCAUUAAAGUUAAGCAGAUAAUGGAAGUGAUCCAUAUUAUGAAACACAUAAAAAGUGGGAAGUUGAGGUUAGGCAUAACAACGUACAAAGAUGACUUGGACCUUGCAAACAAACACGAUUGUUCGAGGUCUUAUUCGCAGGACCCUGAGAAGCGGGACGAGUGCAUACAGUUCUGUCACGACGAAUGGAAUAAUUGCAAAGGAGAGGCUUCUCCUGGGUAUUGUCUAACACAACGGAGAAGAAAAAACGACUGUUUCUUCUGCUACGUUCGAAUCGGAAGUAAGGGCAGGAGGAUCAGGAGGAAGGACCGGUACCGGCUAAAUAAUGAAAAGGAACACCGAGGAAUGGAAGACAAUCCAGCAGUUGGCCCGAAAGGAGAUCUGGAGCUAAACAGAUUUCUGCUCAGCUUACUGCACCAAGCAAGUCUUUUGUUUGCAAAUGGAGGAGCACGAUGCGCCGACGCGGGGAGUGGGGGAACUCCCGGAGAUAAUCCAGCAGGUCCACCCCAAAGUACAGACAAUGGAGGAAUGAAUUCUGCGAGUUCUUCCGGCGGUCAUUCAAGUGCGGGAGGAAGCAGCGCUCCGGCAGCACAAUCACCAGAAGCACCUAAUGCAGGAGGGUCACCACCACCUCAAGCGACUAGUGCAAAUAUACCCGCUGUGUCUCAAGCACCAAGUGUUUCCAAUACUGCCAGUGCAGAUGCCCAAGUGGCUGCCGCACCCUCCGCGAGCUUCACAUAUCCCAUUCACGUGAAAGCAUCCUUAUUAAAAAACUACAAGGGGGUAAAAGUUACAGGUCCAUGUGGGUCCUACUUCCAAGUGUACCUCGUACCCUACCUCUACGUGAAUGUCAACUCAGGGGGAAGUGAAAUUGAGAUGGAGCCUCUGUUCAUGAAGGUGGACAACAAGAUCAAAUUUGAGAAGGAGAAACACCUCCUGCAAAACAUCUGUGCUGAGAAUAAAACAUUUAAGCUUGUCUUAUACGUAGACAAAGACGUGCUAACCAUUAAGUGGAAGGUCUAUCCUGCAGAGGGAGAAGCAAGUUCGGAUAAUACGGUAGAUAUUAGGAAGUACAAAAUGAAGGACAUAGGCCAACCUAUCACCUCCAUGCAAGUUAUGAUGGUUGCUGAGCAGGAUGGGACCAUGUAUGUGGAAAGCAAGAAUUUUUCCAUCAUGAAUGAUAUUCCCGAGAAAUGUGACGCAAUUGCCAAGGAGUGCUUCAUGAGCGGCGUAUUGGACAUCCAGAAGUGCUACCACUGCACACUACUGCUGCAGGAGAAGAAAAAGGCGGAGGAAUGCUUCACGUAUGUGUCCCCCCAGAUUAAAGACAAUUUUGAGAAGAUACAACAAACAAAGGCAGAAGACGAAGAGGACCCCAGCGAAGCGGAACUGGAAAAAACAAUUCAUAACAUAUUCACCAAAAUUUAUGAAGAGGGAGGAAAUCUUUACAAGGAGGUGAAUCAGCUAGCCAUCAUGGAUUACUCUCUUAAGUAUGAGCUGUUGAAGUACUGCUCAUUAAUGAAGGAGGUGGAUGCUAGUGGAACGCUGGACAAUCACGAACUCGGCAACCCCGAAGAAGUAUUCGCCCACAUAACGACUAUUCUUCACAACAACAGCGAACUUGAUGUCUUUUCACUAAAGAACAAGCUCAAAAAUCCAGCCCUAUGUUUGAAGAAAGUUGGUCACUGGAUUGGUAGCAAGACCGGGCUCACACUUCCCAGCUUGGAGAAUAGCAGCGUGCAGAAUAACGCGGACUCCUUUGGUGAAAGCGAAGACGACAUUUCCGAUUCGACCACAACUGAAGGUGCAGAUUCGUAUCCCUUACAUUUCUCAGAUAAGUUGUUUUGCAAUAAUGACUACUGUGAUAGGACCAAGGAUACCAGCAGUUGCUUUGCAAAAAUUGAGCCACAAGACCAAGGAGACUGUGCCACGUCAUGGCUCUUUGCAUCGAAGUUACAUUUAGAAACGAUCAAAUGCAUGAAAGGAUACGAUCAUGUGCCUAGUUCUGCGCUGUAUGUGGCUAACUGUUCUAAUAAGGAAACACCCACAGACAAAUGUCAUGCACCAUCCAACCCGUUGGAAUUUUUGCACACCUUGGAAGAGACAAAAUUUUUACCAACGGAAUCGAACCUUCCCUAUUCGUAUAAAGCGGUAAAUAAUGUUUGUCCUGAGCCAAAGACCCACUGGCAAAACUUAUGGGCAAAUGUGACACUACUACCCCCGCAAUAUCAACCCAAUGCAGUGAGCACCAAAGGAUACACCGCUUAUCAAAGUGCAAAUUUUAACGGAAACAUGGAUGCGUUUAUUAAAUUGGUAAAGUCUGAAAUAAUGAACAAAGGAUCGGUCAUCGCGUAUGUAAAGGCCGCAGGAGCAUUGAGUUAUGACCUGAACGGAAAGAAGGUACUGUCUCUAUGUGGAAGUGAAGAAACGCCAGAUCUUGCUGUUAACAUAAUUGGCUAUGGUAAUUACAUAAACGCGGAAGGAAUAAAAAAAUCCUAUUGGUUGUUGCAAAACAGUUGGGGCAAAUAUUGGGGAGAUGAAGGCAACUUUAAAGUAGACAUGCAUGGUCCGCCUGAAUGUCAACACAACUUCAUCCACACUGCGGCCGUGUUUAACUUGCACAUCCCCGUGGUAAUUCCCACACCGAAUAGUGACCCAGAAAUAAAUAGCUACUACUUGAAGAACUCUCCAGAUUUCUUCAGUAACUUUUAUUUGAAUAAACUCGAGGCUGAAAAGGCCAAUGGUUUAAGCCACCAAAAGGGACCCAUCCAUAACUCCGUUCUUUAUGGUCAGUCAGGGGAAGGAGAAUCAGAGGAACAGGUAUCGACAAGUAUUGAAUCUGGCACGGGGGUGGAAACAGCAUCCGAUGGAUUGGUCGCUGGAGGAACAGCAGCAACAGGAGGACCAAACUCACCAACAGUGCCGGUAACAUCUGAAGCAGUAACUCAACCUGGCGGAGAGGCUGCCCCCGUAAGCACGAAUUUAGUGAAUGACGCACCAGGAAAUAGCGCUACAAGUACGGAAGGUGUACAGGUCACUCCACCCUCUAAUGAACCAGUGCCCCCUGUCACAGACACAGUCACAGGCCCUGCGCCAGUUCAGCUAUCGGAAUUAACCGGAUCAACGGGCAUAAACGUUCAAGGCGUAACAAAAGUACUCCAUUUUUUGAAAAAUGUGAAGAACGGAAAAGUGAGUAGCAGUUUUGUGACGUACGAUGAUGAGAGUGCCAUCGGCGAUAAGUCAUGUUCGAGGGUCCAGUCCUCAGAUGUAGAUAAGCUAGAGGAUUGUGUUAAAUUUUGUGAGGAAAACUGGAAUGCUUGCAAGGGUAGUAUAUCGCCUGGUUACUGUCUAACGAAGAAGAAAGGAAACAACGAUUGCUUCUUCUGCUUCGUGCACGCAUUUAACCUUUGUAAAAAUCUUAAAAUGGGCACGUAUCGGUUUGUUGUGAAGUUGGAACAAUUUCCAGGAGGGGCUGCCAAGAUAACCCAAGUACUGCACAUAUUAAACCAUGUGAAGCAGAGGAAGGUAAAGACGGGCCUUGUUACUUACAGCAGUUAUGCUGCCAUGAGCGCAAGACACGACAGGAUGAAGUUGCUUGUGGCGCUCCUCUUCAUUCCAACUUAUGUUUUAAUCCAAAGGAUGUCUCUCCGCUGCAACAUGUUCGUCCUCCUUUUUACUAAAACGUUUAACACAGGUGCUUUGUUAAGGCGUAACGCGCAAGGUUUCGUAUAUGCGGAGUCAACCCCUGGAGGCGUAAUAUGGGGGACAGCAUCAGACGGAUAUCUACUCACACAGGAAGAUUCAGAGCAGAAAAGGAUAAUGACUAAAGAUGAGAGAGCAGAUAGUCGUCUAGGGAAAUAUCAAACGGGGAAUAAUCGUACUACCACUACCCAUGGGGCUUUUUCUAAACGUAGAGAACAGGACGAAGGGUUAGGUCAAGCGAACCACACCAAAGUAAAAACACAAUUAUUGAAGGAACCAAUCGGGGGGAAGAUUAACAGAAUGUGUGAGGCAGAAAUAGCAUUCCCUUUCAUCCCUCCUUCUUACAUCUCCGUUACAACGGAAGACUCCAAAGCAGGGGCCUUUAGGAUGCUGACCUAUAAUAAGGAUAAUGCCUUACCCCUUACUUGGGAGGUAUACUUUCCCGUGGAACCCCUCACAGCAACAAAACGCAACGCAACUGAGGCGAAAUGGUACAACCGAGCCUUAGCAGAAAACAAUGAUGGCCCGAGUGACGAUGACCAUGACUUCUUUCCUGGGGGAAUUCACUCAGAAGGGGAUGAAGCUCUUCCCCCCAUCGGGAAGGAUGAUCUGUCCGAGGAACACCAGCUCAGGAACUCCAUCGACCAUAUCCUGAACUGGGUUUACAGGAUCGAUAAGGACGGAAGGAAGGUUCUGAUCACGCAGGAAGAGUUAAACAACUCCAUGAAAGAGGAUCUAAUGAAAUACUGUCAAUUAAUGAAGCAGGUAGACACCAGUGGUACUCUGGAAGUGCACCAAAUGGGUAACGAAAUAGAAGUCUUCAACAACCUAAUCGAACUGUUGCGAAAGCAUCAAGACGAAACAGUUUCCACUCUGCGAAGGAAACUGCGGAACCCAGCGGUGUGCAUGAAGAAUGUGGGUGAAUGGAUACUGAAGAGGAGGGGGUUGGUCUUGCCCGACUCGUCCAGCAGCAACGCAAGUGAGCAUGACGCCAACUUGGUUGCAGACUCCAGAUGGAUCAAAUGUGUAAAGAGUAAUUCCAUAGGUGCUAGCACCGACAAAUACAACAGGGAGGAAGACGGAAUGGUUGAUUGGGAGAAAUUAAAAAUGAGAAGUAAGCACAUUUGCGGCUUUAACGGGGGGCUUCACUCUGGUGGGGAACGAUCCAAUGGGGACGACCCCGAAGGGUCGAAUGGUAAAGACCUCUGCAGUCCUAAGGAUAAGGAGGAGAACAAGAUGAAGUAUAGUUUCCUCUUAUUGCUCGCUUUAUGCGCCGCUUACGGCAACCAUGUAGCGAUAUGCACAACUACGGAGACAUCGUCAGAUGGAGGAUCCAAUGUUUCGCAACCUGGUCCCAGUGGCUCUGGGACGGGAGCAGAAAAUCCGGGAUCGCCUCAGGCAGGGUCGCACUCCGUAUCAUCUGAAAGUGAACAAGGUGUUGGUGAAUCCACGAAUUUGCCAUCGGCUGUAUCCGAGGCGCAGAGUUCUGCAGAACCAAAUUCUCCACAAGAGGGGCAAGCAGCAAAUCAAGAUGGGAAUGGAACUGAUAGCGAGGACUCCUCCGCAUCCACUGCCCAGGGAGGUGUUUCUCCCGCUCCCCCAGGAAGUCCGAGUGGACAGGCUGGAGCGACUCAACUUCAAGCCAUCCCCAAGAAAGCCGAGGUGAAGUCUGCACUGUUGAAGAACUUCACGGGGGUGAAGGUGACGGGUCCUUGCGACACAGAGGUAGGACUGUACCUCAUUCCUUACAUCUACAUUUCUGUGAAGGUCGCAGCAGACACCAUAGAACUGUCCACCAAGUUCCCCAACUCGGACAACAUUAUAGUAGCAUUUACUGACGGAGGAAAAACGAUGGUUAACAAGUGUGAAGGGGACUUUCAAAAGACGUUUAAGUUUAUAGCGUACCUGGAGGACAACAUACUGACCCUCAAGUGGAUCGUCUAUCCGCAGGGUACCAACGAAAAUAAUAAAGUAGCUGACGUGAGGAAAUACAAAUUGCCGAACCUGGAGAGACCUAUAACCUCGAUCCAAGUCCAUUCACUCAUGCUCCAAGGAGACAGCGUUAUUUAUACGAGCAAAGAUUAUUCAAUAAAGAACGACAUUCCAAAAACGUGCCAGCAAGUUCUCAGUGCCUGCUUCCUGAGUGGCAACACGGAUAUAGAAAAUUGCUACACGUGCAAUUUGCUAAUAAAUAAGGAAGACACAAACGAUAAAUGUUUCGAUUACGUGUCGGCAGAUUUUAAGAACGAAUUUCAGGAGGUUAAGGCGAAGGGGCAGGACGAUGAGGAGUCGAACGAAUACAAACUUGCACAGGCCAUCGAUGCGGUACUGAGUGGAAUUUACAAAACACACAUAAAUGGAAACAAGGAACUAAUCACAUCGGAAGAAUUACAUGCAAAUGUAAUGGAACAGAUAAGUAACUAUUGCCAUGUAUUAAAAGAAGUGGACACCAGUGGUACUCUGGAAGUGCACCAAAUGGGUAACGAAAUAGAAGUCUUCAACAACCUAGUCAAUUUUCUACAAAAACACGGAGAGGAAAAAUACUCAACGCUGGAAUGGAAGUUACAGAACCCAGCCCUCUGCCUAAAAAAUGUAAACGACUGGCUGGUGAAUAAGAAAGGACUAGUUUUACCUCUUUUGCCAAAUGGUGGUAGCCAUAUCUACUUGGGCGACAAUAACCACGUGCAAGAUGAACAAAAAUGUUGUCCCUCAACGUACCAGGAAGGGGAUGACGGAAUUAUCGAUUUGUCCGUCGUGCAUAAGAACGCACACGCUCCAUCCACUCCGUUCACCAAUCAUAUGUUUUGUAAUUAUGACUACUGUGAUAGGACCAAGGAUACCAGCAGUUGCCUUGCAAAAAUUGAAACCCAAGACCAAGGGGACUGUGCCACAUCAUGGCUCUUUGCAUCGAAAAUCCAUUUAGAAACGAUCAAAUGCAUGAAGGGAUACGAACAUGUGCCUAGUUCUGCGUUGUAUGUGGCGAACUGUUCCAAUAAUGAAACGCCCACGGAUAAAUGUCAUGCGCCAUCCAACCCGUUGGAAUUUUUGCACACUUUGGAGGAAACGAAAUUUUUACCAACGGAGUCGAACCUUCCCUAUUCGUAUAAAGCGGUAAAUAAUGUUUGCCCUCAACCUAAGACUCAUUGGCAAAACUUAUGGGAAAAUGUGACACUACUAGCCCCGCAAUAUCAACCCAAUGCAGUGAGCACCAAAGGGUACACCGCAUACCAAAGUGCAAAUUUUAACGGAAACAUGGAUGCGUUUAUUAAGUUGGUAAAGUCUGAAAUAAUGAACAAAGGAUCGGUCAUCGCUUAUGUGAAGGCUACGGGAGCAUUAAGUUAUGACCUCAAUGGUAAAAAGGUGCAAAGUUUGUGUGGAAGUGAAGAAACGCCAGAUCUUGCUGUUAACAUUAUUGGGUAUGGUAAUUACAUAAAUGGGGAAGGAGUGAAAAAAUCCUAUUGGUUGUUGCAAAACAGUUGGGGAAAAUAUUGGGGAGAUGGUGGCCACUUUAAAGUAGACAUGCAUGGACCAGAGCAUUGUCAACAUAACUUUAUUCAUACGGCGGCUGUAUUCAACCUAGACGUGCCCCACUUCCAGUCUCCGGCGAAGGACACACAAUUGUACAGCUACCACUUGAAGAGCUCCCCCGAUUUUUACAAGAAUCUGUAUUAUAAUGCAUUGGGUGGGGAAUGUGGUAGCGCGCCGUGUCAAGCUGUUCACGGGCAGGACACCCCUAAGCCGGUAGUAGAGGUGGGAGUAGAAUAUUUAGAAUCGGCAGCUGAAGGAGAGCAAAAUAUAUCACAAGUGUCUCCGGUAGGAAGCGCAGUUUCGGAUACACAAGUACAAGUAACACAACAACAACAGCAACAACUACAACAACAUCCGCCACCACCACCACCAGAAGAAGAGCAUCAAAAUGGAGUGGAACAUCAAGCAGGGGGACCGGAAGUACAGACAGUACCAGGGGGGGAAAACCCCAAUGCAGGAAUGGAAAUCGAGAAAAUCGUCCAAAUUAUUCACGUUCUGAAACACAUUAAGCAGACCAAAAUGGUGACGAGAGUAGUCACGUAUGAAGGUCUGUACGACUUGGGAGACCCCUCCUGUUCAAGAACCGAAGCAUCAUCUGUAGAGAAGCUGGACGAAUGCAUAAAAUUUUGCAAUGAAAAUUAUUUCAGCUUGUACCAAGUGAACAAGCCUGAAGGUGCCGUGUGCUGGGAUUGUGCAAUGCGAUGCACGAGUACCGAUGGAAAUGAAGGACAAGGUGCAGAAGAACAAGUAAAUGCGGACUUAGGUAUGGAUACAGGUGAUAACUCGGUAAAGGGCCAACCGGUAGUCCCACAAAAUGGAGCACUUCCAGCAGAAAAUUCCCAAGGCGUACAAGGAGGCCCUGUCGACACUUCUAGCCAAAAUCCGAAUCAAAAUGAAGAAGUAGAAAAAGUCGAAGCAGGAAUGGUAGAGGCCCCCUCCGAAGGUGCCAAACAGGAGAUCCAGGUAAAGUCGUCGCUCCUGAAGGGCUACAAAGGGGUGAAGGUGACAGGGACAUGUGGAGCAAGUUUCCUCGUUUUCUUCGCCCCGUAUCUGUUCAUCGAUGUGGACACGGACAGUAGUAACAUUUACUUGGGAACUGACUUGAUCGACCUAGAAGUCACAGAACAAAUGGGUAAAGAAGGAGACGAAAAAAAUAAAUGCAAAGACGGAAAGACAUUCAAAUUUGUUGCGUUCAUUGGAGAUGACCACUUGACUAUUAAGUGGAAGGUGUACGACUCGGCAGAUCAGAAGCCAACCCAAAAUGAUAAAGCGGAAAUGAGGAAGUACGUAAUGAAAAACCUGAGUGGAGAAUUCACCUCCGUGCAAGUACACAACGUAGUCCAGCAAAAUGGCUCCAACGUGUUUGAAAGCAAAAACUAUGCCCUAAGUAACGACAUGCCUGAAAAAUGCGAUGCAAUAGCUGCCAACUGCUUCCUCAGUGGAAGCGUGUAUAUAGAGAAGUGUUACAGAUGCACCCUGAAAAUGGAAAACGCAAAUUCUUCGGAUGUUUGCUACAAUUACCUUCCCAAGGUGGAGAAACCAACAAAGGAAGGCGCCCAGAUAUACGACUACUACGUGAAGAACUCCCCCGACUUGGAGGGCAACAUCCACCAUAAAAACGUCGACGGUCAGAUGAAUGGCUCGGCAAAUAACGGAGCGGGAGUGGUGCAGGGACAGGAAACUGCGGAGAAGGAAGUGGCGGAUGCUGUCAAGGAACCUGCUCCUUUAGACAAUACAGGGGCCACAGAAGGAAAGGUAGAUGAGCCAGAAUCUACACAUGUCCCACCAUUACCGGAACAAGAGGAAGUAGCCGGAGUAACAGACGUGGAUACGACAGAAGGUGAUCAGCCAGAACAAGUGGAACUACCAGAACAACCGGAACAACAGGGCCCAGCUGGACCAGAGGGCCAGCCUAGCACGUCACCCGAAGCAGCCGUGUUAGGCACCCAACUGUCACAUGUCCUAAAGUACAUUAAAAAGAAUAAGGUCAAAAUGAAUUUGAUCACUUACAAAAAUCCUGAGGUUAUCAGCACAGGACACGACUGCUCGAGAUCCUACUCCAUCAAUCCAGACAAGUACGAAGAGUGCGUGAAGAUAUGCGAAGCCAACUGGAGCAAAUGUGAAAAUGAUGCAGUGCCGGGAUUCUGUUUAUACGAGCAUGCAAAAGAAAAUGAUUCCUUUUUGACUAGUACAAAUGUCACCAUAUGCGAAACGAAUAAAGUAGACAAUGUAACCCAGGGGGGUAACAAAGGAACAAGUGGAGGGAAGAGUAACGGCUCCCCUCCUUCGAAAAAUAGUCCCCCAAGUGAUGGAUCCAAAAAGAAUGAGACACCUUUUCCAACCAAAACUAUAUCGUUUAGUAUGCCCCCCAAUUUAGAUGGCGGGGAGUCGAAGAAUGAGAAUGCGAGCAGUACAGAAAAAAAGGGAGCGCCAACAGAUGGAUCUCCCCCAUCGAGCACUAACGCUACUGGAGGAAGCAGCACCUCCAGUGGAAAAGAAGCAGAGAACAAAGUCAUUCCACCACAGAAAUCUGAACAGACGAAACCAUUCGCUACUGAAGUAACAGGCCAAGGUCACCAAACAGCUUUAGAAAUUUUCGGAGGAAAUACAACCAAUUCGAAUGGCCCCCUUGAUGGCCCAAUGCAAGUAGAAUCAGCCUUAUUAAAAAACUACAAGGGGGUAAAAGUUACAGGUCCAUGCGGGUCCUAUUUUCGAGUGUAUCUAGUACCGCACAUACUAAUCUAUGCCUUAACAAAGAACUCUAUUAUUCAGAUAGAGUCCCUCUUCGAUGAUAACACCAGGAUAGACUUUGAAUACGCCGAUGAUAUCGUGAAUAAGUGCGAGGAGGGGAAGAACUUCAAGCUCAUUGUCUACUUGAAGGAAAAUAUCUUGACGCUUAAAUGGAAUGUGUUUCCAUCUACGGAGGAGGAUCACUCGGAUGUCACCACCAAGGCGGACGUGCGAAGGUUCAAGAUCCCGCAGCUGGAGAGGCCGUUCACCUCGAUACAGGUGUACACGGCGGAUGUGAAGGCGGGGGUUAUCGAGAGUAAAAACUACGCCCUUGGUGCGGACAUUCCGGACAAGUGCAACUCCAUCGCGACGGACUGCUUCCUAAACGGAAACAUAAACAUCGACAAGUGCUACCAGUGCUCGUUGCUGGUUCAGAACAGCGACCAGACCUCUGACGAGUGCUUCAACUACGUAUCGAAGGACUUGCAAGACCAGCACAACAACGCAAAGGUCAAAGGGCAGGACGAUGUAAAUCCGAAGGAGUACGAACUGACAGAGUCCAUAGAUAUUAUUCUAAAAAACAUCUACAAAGUUGACAAGAUUAAAAAAAAAAAAGUGCUGAUCGGUAUGGAUGACCUGGACGAUGUGUUAAAAGUAGAACUCCUAAACUAUUGCAAACUGCUAAAAGAAAUGGACGUCAAAGGCACUUUAGAAAAUUGCGAAUUAGGAGAUGAGAUCGACAUAUUUAACAACGUGAUUAGACUACUCAGUAUGCACCCUAAGGAGAAUAUUAUCACGUUGCAGGAUAAGCUACGCAGCACGGCUAUAUGUUUGAAAAAUGUAGAUGAAUGGGUUGAAAAGAAAAGAGGAUUAGUGCUUCCGGAGGGGGAGGAAAGCUCUUCGCAUGAGGGAAACCCUACCAAAGUGGACAAGGAGGACGACGACAACGAGGAAGAAGGACAUGUAAAGGAAAGUGAACUGCUCAAUCAGGAUAUGUAUAGAAAGGAUGAAGACGGCACCAUCGAUUUGGUCAAAGCGGGAAAGGAGUUAAAGUUAAGAUCGCCUUAUUUUAAAAGUAGCAAGUACUGCAAUUAUGAAUACUGCGAUAGGUGGAAGGAUAAGACGAGUUGCAUUUCAAACAUCGAAGUGGAGGAACAAGGAAACUGUGGUCUCUGCUGGGUGUUCGCAUCGAAGUUACACCUAGAAACGAUUAGAUGCAUGAGGGGUUAUGGCCACUUCCGUAGCUCAGCAUUGUACGUUGCAAACUGUUCGAGAAGGAACCCAAAAGAUAUCUGUGCAGUGGGAUCCAACCCGAUAGAGUUCCUCCAAAUUGUGCGGGACAUAGGAUUUUUACCACUCGAAUCGGAUCACCCUUAUUUGCACACAAAAGCCGGGAAUGAAUGUCCUAAAAUUAAGGAUAAUUGGAUCAACCUAUGGGGAAAUAGCAAGCUACUUUCUCACAAAAUGUAUGGACACUUCAUGGUGUAUAAAGGAUUAAUUUCCUACCAAAGCCGACACUUUAAGGAUAACAUGCAUAUAUUCAUAGACCUGGUAAAACGGGAGGUGCAAAAUAAAGGAUCCGUGAUUAUUUACAUAAAAACAAAGGACGUAAUUGGAUACGAUUUUAACGGUAAAGGGGUACACAACAUGUGUGGUGAUAAAGUACCUGACCAUGGAGCUAAUAUUGUUGGGUAUGGAAAUUACAUCAAUGUGGAUGGUGAGAAGAGGUCCUACUGGUUAAUCAGAAACAGUUGGGGCUACUACUGGGGCAAUGAAGGAACGUUCAAAGUGGAUAUGCUUGGACCAAAGGGAUGCAAAUAUAAUUUUAUUCACACGGCUGUCGUUUUUAAGGUGAACUUGGGUGCUAUUGAUAUCCCGAAUAAGGACGUGGACCUGAACCAUACCUACUUCCCCAAACACAACUCGGACUUUUUUCACAGUCUCUACUUUAACAACUACGAUGAUGAGGCGGCUAACCAGAAAAAGAUCAUCCCAAAGUACCGAAACAAGGACUACAGUGGUAGUGCCUACAAGUGGAAGAAGGUCGCGAAAAGGUGGCAAAUUGCAGGCCAAGAUGGAGACGACCACACAGGAGGUGCCUCUUCGGGAGAAGCUUCUGGCAAGAAUUCCAAUGUACCUCCCAAAAGUGCCAAGCCGACUGCAUCCGCAGAGAAAAAAAUCCAAAUACUACACGUUCUGAAACACAUUGAUAAGGCCAAAAUUAUGCGAGGAUUGGUAAAGUAUGAAAAUAUAAGCGAGACGCAAAAUGACCACAGCUGUGCUAGGGCGCAUUCCAAGAACCCAGACAAAAUGGAAGAAUGCAAACUCUUUUGUGAGGAAAACUGGAACAGCUGCAAGAACCACUACUCUCCUGGGUAUUGUCUAACCAAAUUGUACAAUGGCAGCAACUGCUACUUCUGCUACGUAGACAACGGGAGAGAGCACUCAUCGGAAAAGUCAAACAAAAAUACAGAGCCCCAAUUGGGAGUGAACUCCCUCAAUAGUGUGCAGAUGUGCUCGUCACACAUUGCAAGGGAGGUGAAAACGUCGAACAAACAAGCCAAGAGGCCAACACACACCAGUUAUGAUUCGUACAAGUCAAACCAAGUGUGUGUGGCCCUAGGCACGCACGUAACUCGUUGUACAGGGGAUGGGUCAGCUGUUCCCGGUGGGGGUGAUAAACCCCACACAGUGAAUCCCUCCCAAGGAGGAAGUCCAGACGCAAAAUCCAAUGACAUCGAGUCUGAAUCUGAAGGGGCAGCAUCUAUGGAGGUCGCGGAUGCUUCGAAGGAAGACGUACAGAUAACAUCAGCCCUGUUGAAAAAUUAUAAUGGAAUAAAAAUUACGGGUUCGUGUAAGGCCCACUUUAGAGUGUUUCUGUUGCCACAUCUAUGGAUUUAUGCGGCAGCGCCUGAGAACAAAAUUCAGCUGAGGCCGAACUUUGGACCGAUAACCUCAAUAGACCUAGGGAACCUGAUCAACGACUGCAAAAAGGGAACCAACAACAAGUUCAAGUUCGUCGUGCAUACGAGCGAUGAUAUUUUGACGCUCAAGUGGAAGGUGACUGGCGAAGGGGCAGCUCCAGACAACAAAGAGGAUGUGAAGAAAUACAAACUGCCUCCCCUGGAGAGGCCGUUCACUUCCGUGCAGGUGCAUUCGGCCAACGCCAAGUCGAAGAUAAUUGAGAGCAAAUUUUACGACAUCGACAGCAGCAUGCCAGCCCAAUGUGACCUCAUAGCUAGGAACUGCUUCCUCACCGGCAGCCUGGACAUCGAACACUGCUACCACUGCACCCUGUUGGAGAAGAAGAUGACCGAAGGGAACGAGUGCUUCAACUACGUCUCGACGGAAGCAAAGGAGAUGAUCAAAAAAGACACGCCAAUUAAAGCUCAAGAGGAGGAUGCCAACUCUGCAGAGCACAAACUGAUCGAAUCGAUAGAUGUAAUAUUGAAGGCAAUGUACAAGUCGGAUAAGGAUUAUGAAAAGAAGGAACUCAUCACCCUGGAGGAGGUCGACGCGAAGUUGAAGAAGGAGCUAGCCAACUAUUGUUCACUACUCAAACAGGUGGACACAAGUGGGACCCUUAAAAAUCACCAAUUAGCAAACGAAGAAGAAACGUAUAGAAAUUUAACCAGACUGCUACAAAUGCAUAAAGGAGAAAAUGUGAUUACACUUCAGGACAAAUUAAGAAACGCAGCAAUAUGUAUGAAGGAUAUAGACAAAUGGAUUGUCUAUAAGAGAGGGUUAACGCUACCUGAGGGUGUCCCCUACAGUGAAGACAACACGAAGGAGUACCUACCGGAGGAACUCCUCACAGAAAUAGAAAAGGAAAAAAGUGUCUAUGAUGAUGACGUAUUUGAUAAGGAUACAAAUGGAGUCAUAGAUUUGAAUAAGGUUCCUAGCGAAAUGAAAUUCAAAUCCCCCUAUUUUAAAAAGAGUAAAUAUUGUAACAAUGAAUAUUGUGACAGGUGGAAGGAUAAGACGAGUUGCAUUUCAAACAUCGAAGUGGAGGAACAGGGGGAUUGUGGACUGUGUUGGAUAUUCGCAUCGAAGUUACACUUAGAAACGAUUAGAUGCAUGAGGGGCUAUGGGCACUUCCGCAGUUCCGCUUUGUUCGUGGCGAAUUGCUCUAAGAGAGAUCCAGAAGAAAGAUGCAGCGUGGGUUCUAAUCCAACCGAAUUCCUUGAAAUUGUCAAAGACACAGGAUUUUUACCCCUCGAAUCGGAUCUCCCGUACAGCUACAAACACGCGGGGAAAUCCUGCCCCAAAAACAGAAACAAAUGGACCAACCUAUGGGGAGAUACCAAGUUGUUGUAUCAUGUUAGAUCAAAUGUGUUCUAUAAAACACUUGGAUACGUAUCCUACGAAAGCAAGCUCUUUCACACAAAUAUGGAUCUCUUCAUUGAUAUCCUCAAGAAGGAAAUUCAAAACAAAGGCUCCGUCAUCAUCUAUAUAAAAACAGAGAACACCAUCGACUACGACUUUAAUGGAAGAAUUGUGCACAGCUUAUGUGGACACAAUGACGCAGACCAUGCCGCUAACAUAAUUGGGUACGGUAAUUACAUCAAUGUGGAUGGUGAGAAGAGGUCCUACUGGUUAAUUAGAAACAGUUGGGGCUACUACUGGGGUGAUGAAGGCAACUUUAAAGUAGACAUGCACGGUCCAGCUCAUUGUCAACACAACUUCAUCCACACGGCAGUUGUGUUUAAAAUAGAUUUGGGCAUCGUGGAAGUCCCAAAGAAGAAGAAGAGAGAUCAGUCCCUUUAUAAUUAUUUUGUGAAAUACGUCCCGAACUUUUUGUACAACCUUUUCUUUGUCUGUUUCGACGCACGUGCUUAUAUUGACGAUGAUGAUAACGUGCUUGGUGAGAAGGGUAAGGAGGGAGCAUCAGGGGGGGAGAAUGCUGUAGUCGACGGUCAGGCUGCAGUGGCCGGACAGACGGAAAAUCCCUCAUCGGUGGCCAACAAGGCAGGAAUUAUAUCCCCGGUAGGAUCACAAAUGAGUACAGUUACCUCCCUCACCCCCGUGGACAACUCGGGAGAGAAAAAAAUUCCCGUCAUGCACAUUUUAAAAUAUGUGAAGGAGAACAAAAUGACGAAAGCUUCCGUGAAGUACAACAGUUUGAGCGAAAUAGAAGGCUCGCACAGCUGCUCAAGGACUUAUGCUUUGGACGAGGAGGGACACGCGGAGUGCAUCCAAUUCUGCCUCAAGAACUGGACCUCAUGCAAGGGGCACUACAACCCUGGUUACUGCUUAACUAAGAUUGGGAAAGGCCCAAUCAGCAGAAUUAAUCUUAUGAGUGUUUGUCUUAUCUUGACGUUGAAGACAUUCCCACUUUUGAAUUUUGCGGAUGCCCAUUUCUGCAAAAUUAAAAUGAUAAGUCAGAUUGCGCAGUACGUCGUGUUCGCCCUGGUUGCCCAUUUGGUGAAGCGAGUCAAGUCCAACAUUCUAGUCAACUGCUUCGGUACGCUGCAUUGCAAAAUAUGCCACAUAGCCAUACGGAAUUGCUUCUUAUCAGGGACUAGUAACUUAACAAAGUGUAUCGAAUGCGAGGAAAGGUACUACAACAUUCAGCCUUGCACUCACCAUACAGAAAAUUUCCUGCAGACCUCCAGGGAUAAGGGAGCCUUCGUUGAGAUGAAGGACCAUGACUACCUAACGGAGGAGAAAGUGGACGAUCUCAUUUCUGAGAUUGUAAAGUUAUCACUCGAGAGGCAGAAAAAGGCAGUGCCGGCUACAGAACAGGCGAAUGAAGACUUCCGUAAAAAAAUCAUGCAGCUCUGUUUAUACUCCAACUUUAGCGACCAUUACGAAAAUGCAAAAAAGCACACCCAGGCAGACGCCGAAGAGGUGGAAAAACACAUCAUCAGAAUUGUUAACAUGUACAUAAAGGAGAAUAACAACAUGGAACAUAUUACGAACUCACUGAAGAACCCAGCUUUGUGUCUGAAAGAUCCAGCAGAGUGGACCAAGGACAGGGCCGGCUACAAGGACAACAAUGUGCCUUCCGUGGGUAUCAUACCCGAGCGGAAGCUGUUCAAGCCAUACGAAGUGAAGUCACUGAUGAGCUCCCUUUACAGUUACUCAUCCAACUGCAAUCGGCAGUUCUGUGAUAGGUUCUCGGACCCCAAUGAGUGUGAGAAUAGCAUCCGGGUUCUUAACCAGGGCACAUGCGGAAACUGCUGGGCCUUCGCCUCUUCGCAAGUAAUCUCCGCCUACAGGUGCAGGAAGGGCCUGGGAUUCGCUGAGCCCUCCAUCAAGUACGUCACGCUCUGCAAAAACAAGAACGCAGAUAACUUUGAAGAAAACCCCUUCGGUCACUACAACGAUAACAUCUGCAGAGAAGGGGGACACCUCUCAUACUACUUAGACACCUUAGACAAAACGAAGAUGCUGCCUACCUCCUACGAUGUCCCAUAUAAUGAACCAAUAAAAGGAGUAGAUUGUCCAGAGACCAGUGACAAAUGGACCAACAUGUGGGAAAAUGUGAACCCAUUAACUAGAAUCCUGAAUGGGUACCUUUACCGUGGGUACUUUAAAAUCUCCUUCCACGAAUAUGCGAACAGUGGAAAGACUGAUGAGCUUAUUAGCGUAAUAAAGGACUACAUUAUAGAACAGGGGUCCUUGUUCGUAUCCAUGGAGGUAAACGAAAAGUUAAGCUUCGACCAUGACGGAGAGAAGGUCAUGAUGAACUGCGAAUACAAAGCAUCCCCUGAUCAUGCCUUGGCAUUAAUAGGCUAUGGUGAUUAUAUAAAACCUUCUGGAGAGAAGAGUUCCUACUGGCUGUUACGAAACAGUUGGGGUUCUCAUUGGGGUGACAGAGGAAACUUCAAAAUCGAUAUGUAUGGUCCUCCCGAUUGUAACGGUGCAGUGUUAUGCAAUGCCUUCCCUCUGGUCCUCCAAAUGAAUGGGAAGAAAAUUAACAAACCGCUUCCUGAUGAUUUCGCAUCUACGGACAACAAAACAAGAUAUGACCACUCCUACUUCACUCGGGACAGAAACAGAAGACAGUCCAGGAGAUACAACUCGAAUAAAGAACAGGACCAACCCAAUGAUCAGGCACAUUACGACCCAUUUGAUAACCCUAAAAAUAAUGAAAUUUACGAUGGCGAGGACAGGGAUUGGCCAGCUUUUGAUCCUUUCAAGGAUUAUGUCUACCCCUACAUGGAUAAUAACAAGGACGCGGAAGGCGGCAACGGGGGUAUAAGUGACAACCGCAGCAGCAAAAUCCGCCGAACGGUUUUCAAGACCUCCCUCGUGGUAAAUAUUGGGGAUACGCAGUUCAAGCGGAACAUCUACAUGAAGAAAAAGGACGAGUACAAGGAGCAGCACUCCUGCCUGCGGACCUACUCCCUGGAUUCCCAAGCGGACGUCUCCUGCAGGGACAACUGCAAUCAGUAUAUUGACCUGUGCAAACAUUAUACGUCCAUUGGGAGGUGUCUCAUGCGCUUUGCACCGAAUUAUAAGUGCGUUUACUGUGGCAUGUAA